AUCUGGACCAUCCAUUUCCAGACCCAAAAAUCAAAGAUCAAUAUCAAACCCCAAUCCCUGCUUUGAAAACAGGAUAAAAUCAUCUGCUCUCGAAAACCCAAAUAGAUAGAUGCAUGUUUUGAUUUCCAUUACGAGCACAAAUCAAUCUUCUCUCUAUAAAAAGAAUCCUUAAAUCACCACGAUUUCUGAAACCAAACCUAUUGAGAUGGCUCUGUACAAGCUGAUUGUAACUUUGCUUAUCUCGCUUUGUCUGAUCCUGCCUUUGACUCAAGCCUCCAAAUUCGAGUACUGCGGUAACAAGGAUUAUGCCGUUAAAGUUAGCGGGGUGAAGAUAAGCCCGAAUCCGGUGAAGAAAGGGAAACCAGCCACCUUCAUCAUCUCUGCAACCACAAGUGAAACAAUUACUGGAGGGAAAUUGAGAGUUGAUGUUAAAUACUUUGGAUUCCCUGUGUAUGGAGAGUAUCAUAAUCUUUGUGAGGAGACAUCGUGCCCUGUGACUGGUGGCGACUUUGUGGUGUCUCAUUCCCAAGAGUUGCCUGGAUUCACACCAUCUGGUUCAUACUCUCUUACUAUGAAGAUGGUUGAUGGAGAAGGAGAUGAACUUACUUGCAUUUCCUUUGGUUUUCACAUUGGUUCUGCAUCAUCUGUUACUGAUAUUUAGGUGCCUUGGAGGGUUGCGUCUUGGUCCAAGCACCAUCAGUGUACAAAUAGCAUGUAAAAGAACCUUCAUUACUUGUACUUUUAGCUACCCAAAUAUACCAUGUGGUAUUGUUUAAUUUGCAAUUAAGCUCCAUUUUAUUGAGACAAUGUUCAAUGCUAGAGCUUCCUUAUUGAGAAUA